AUGUCGUCAUGGCAUAAUGUCUUGCGAGAUCUUGACCUCGAUCUCGAGUACAUCUCCUGGAAUAUCUUAAUUAUCUGCUGUCUCCCCAUAUUCAUCUCAUGGUCUCGUCGGAAAACCCAUCUACUCCGUCCUAAAGGAUGUCGACGUCUCGGUCUUCCACCAGGCCAGAGCAAUCUACACGACGAAUUCAAUUCAAAGUAUAGCCAUGGUGUUCCUCCAAAUACUAAAGAUGAGAAUGGCUUGCCCUCCUGGCGUAUCAAAGCGCUGUUCAUCUACCCUUUAAAAUCUUGCGCUGGGAUUGAGCUUCAAAAUUCCGAUGUCGUGCCUACAGGUCUCAAAUUCGAUCGCCAAUUUGUCUUUGCUGAGAAUGGUGCUGAGGGCUGGAAUACUCGCACUCUUCGAAAUGCAGGAUAUCAGCGUUUGGCUCUUAUUCAGCCCGAGUUAUGGGUUCCAGACCCCUCAUCCCCAGAGUACGAUCCCAAGCUCCCGGAAAUUCAAUCUCAAGGCGUUAUGAUAAUCUCAUACCCACGCCCUCAACCAGCAACGAGAAUAGGACAAAUCCUCAGAAAAAUAGGCACAGUCACACACCUAAUCAAAUCACGACAUGCCUUCUCAGUCCCUCUAUUUCCGCCCAAAAACUCAGACAAUAACUAUUCCCUCCUCCCCGUCAAAAUCUGGAAAGACAAACCUCUAGCAUUCAACUAUGCCUCUUUCAUUCCACCAUCUCUACAUAAAUACCUAGGUUUCAACCCCACUUCAUCACAAUCACAAUCACAAUCACCUAUUUCUCUCUUCCGCGCCAGCCCCCAACACACACGACAUAUCUUCCGCAACGCCCCUCGACAAGAAACCCUAGGCUUCCAACCUAAUACCGCCUUUGCAGACGCAUACCCCAUCCACCUACUAAGUCUAUCAAGUCAUCGAGAUGUCGCAUCUAGAUGCGCCUACGCAAUUCCCAAUCUAAGCAUUUUACGCUUCCGCGCGAAUAUAAUCAUUCAAGGUCCUAGCGCCUUUGCGGAAGAUUCGUGGAAGCGGAUCUCUAUUGCUGAUGUGGAGAUUCAUGCGGCUUGUCGGACUAUACGGUGUAAAUUGCCGAAUGUUGAUCCUGUCACUGGGGUUAGACAUAAGAGUGAGCCGGAUAAGGCGUUGAAGUCUUAUAGAAGGAUUGAUGAGGGGGAUCGUACGAAUGCUUGUCUUGGGAUGCAGCUUGUUCCUGCUGUUGAGGAGUUUGGGUUGAGUGUUGGUAAUGAGGUUGUUGUGCGCGAGACGGGGGUGCAUCGGUAUAUUAAGAUGUUGGCGCCUGGGGAGGUGGUUGAGGGGGUUUAG